AUACUUAUCUAUCAUAAAAUAAAAUUUGAGAGUAAAAGAAAAACAAUUGCGAGCAAGUUGGAGAGGCAGCUCAGUAUCGGCAAACGCAACGCUGCAAAGGGUGGAGGCAGCUCAGUAACCCAACCUAUCUUGUUUGUUUCUCUUCUUCUCAAUUUCAGAGAUAAUAAUGGAUCCCGCAGAACGUAGGUACUUGGAGGACGAGGAUUCCUCACUCAUGAAAACUUUUAAGGGUGCAACCACUGGUUUAGCUGCUGGCACUAUCUGGGGUACUGUAGUUGCCACCUGGUAUGAUGUUCCUCGUGUGGAGAGAAGUAUUGCUCUUCCUGGGCUGUUAAGAACUUUCAAGAUGAUGGGCAGCUAUGGAGCCACCUUUGCUGCCAUUGGAGGAGUCUACAUAGGUGUGGAACAGUUGGUUCAGAACUAUAGGAUGAAGAGGGAUCUUGUAAACGGUGCUGUUGGUGGAUUUGUUGCUGGUGCAACUAUUCUGGGUUACCGAGGAAGGAGCAUCUCAACCGCAAUUUCUGCCGGAUCAGCAUUGGCAUUCACAUCUGCAGUCCUUGAUUUUGGCGGCCAGACAUUAAAACAUGAUGAGGGGAGGGAGUAUGCUGCGUUAACUACAAAGAAAAGAUCCAGUAACGAUGCAUAAUUAUUAAUUAAUACACCUUUAUGACCAAAGACAUUUUUCAAGUUGAUUGGAGAGAGUGAAUCACUCUUUGUUGAGCCAGUUGUUUGUUGAGUUGGAAUUACAUAGUACGAUGUCAUUCCAUAUUUUCUUUUGUAAGUUGUUGCUGAACUGGUUGAAUUCAAAUAAAUGUACUACUGUGUUAAUUUCGUACUGGUAGAACUAGGGGUUGAACUCAAAUAAAUGUACUAUUAUGUGUUAAUUCCUUAUAUUACCAAAUAGUCAACAUUCUUCCUUGGGCUGAA